AUGAGCCAUUGUGAAGCUGCCAAGAUGGAACAUACAUCUGAGGCUAUGCUUUUAAAUAACGAGGCUGCUCAACCACAAACCAACAUGGAUGCUGAAUAUGUUUUUGAACAUGAAGACAUGCCUUUGGACGAUCAAACGAUUGAUAUGGAUUUUGGUGACCUUACAGCAUCCCAGCUGGAUUCGCCUUUUGUUGACACCCCAAAUUUAACUUGCCUGGAGUGCAAUAAAACCUUCGCACACGAAAGAAGCUUGACAAGGCAUAUCAAUGUACAACAUUCAACUGCCAAAAAUAUUUGUGUUAUCUGCAAGAAGGAGUUUUCUCGCAGGGAUAGUUUAAUGAGACAUAUGAAAAUGCAUUCAGAACCCCAGAAAUCCAUGCCAUCUCGCUCAGUGAAACGAGCAGCUUCCCCCACCACCAUGCCUGCUUCUAAACGACCACGACAAGAACGCCCACCCUGCCUUGGUACGUUUGAUACAAAGGUCUUUUAUCCCAGUGAAGACACCAAGAAUGACUGA